AUUUACACAAGUUUUUUCCUUGUGCACCUUUACACAAGCCGGUUUAACCCAUUUUAAUGAUUUGUUAUUUUGACCCCAAAUUAUCAUAUACAGGAUAGGUAGCCCAUUAUUCACGCAGGUCCCUUAAUUUUUGAAAAUUACAUAUAAUUAGCCCAUCAUCUUCUUCAUCUUCAUACUUCAUUCUUCAGCCGUCGUCCUGUUGUCGCCCCGCCGCCGUCUUCAUCUUGAGAAGGGAGAUAGUGAUCUUGAAGAGAUUGAACCAGAUCUGAGGAGAGUGAACCAGAUCGAUGACGCUUCAACAUUUUUAUGCCCAGAUCAAGAAAGCUUCGAUGCCAACCCCCAUUGCGAGUUCCGUCUCGUCACCUCCGCACCUUGUCGCGCACCGCACCUUCCAGUCGAGGAGCAAGUAGCGGUCAUGACUUCCGAGAGCCACCGUUCGAGUCGCCAUCGUCUCUUUCUCAUCCUCUUAGAACUCACACCCUCUAAAUCACCAGUGACACAAAGCUCAUGAGGGUUAACAAGACAGGUUUCAGAUCUGCUGGUGGUGGUGAACAAUUUGGUGAUGGAGGCCAUGUUUACCAAGAUUUAUUCCUCAACCACUGAGGCAAGUUAUGAGUUUCCCCCUUUUUAAAGCUGGUUUGUUCUUCAUCCACUCAACAAACCAGUUCCAGAUCUGAUGGAGGUAAUAUUUACCCAUAUCUAUUCUGCUGGUGGUGGUGACUGAUUUGGUGAUGGAGGCCAUGUUUACCAAAUCAAACCAGACGAGAAAGGGUGGGUAUAUUCUGUAUAGGAAGAGGAUUCAAGUUAUCAACAAUUAUGAUGAAAUUUUUCUAUAGCAUGUUGGUGAUCUGAUUAGAACGGGAUUUAAUUAGGUCUUUUUUUUAAACUAUUUCAUUGGGUCUGAACAUGAUUAUAAAUUUGGUGGUUAAUGAGAUUUGAUAAAAUUAAGUUUAAAAGUAUGUAAAUAAACAAUUGAUAAUCUGAGGAUAAUGGGUCAUCUAACCUAUAUUUGAAAAUUUGGGGCCAAAAUAAUAAAUUGCAUUUUUCAAUUAAAUUAACAUAUUGAAAAACCGGUCCACCCACCAAAAUGGGUUAAACCGGCUUGUGUAAAGCUACACAAGAAAAAAAACUUGUGCAUAUUAGGGGGUCCCUCUCAAUGUUGCAGUUUUCUUUUUAUAAGAAUGUUCUAGCCGUUCAAUUCUUUGUGGUUUGCAGCUAAUUAUAUAUAGUGUGUCAUGUGUUGGUCUCAAGGGAUGAAAACUUUGUAGAGAGUUAUGGUUUUUUGUAUUUGUGAGAAUGUAGGACAAAAGAUUAGUGUUUGGGUUGAUAUUUUAGUUUAUUAUUCUUCAAAUUUGAGUCCUAACCAAUUGAUUAGAAGAGUUUGCAGAAUUCUGAGAAGUUAUCGCAUCUCUAGCGAAUAAACUCUUGAGAACAGUGUCAAUGUGACACGCCUCAGAUUAUUGUGAUUCUGGUUGUAAUCUUGACUUCAGAUUAAUGAUAUUUUUAUCGAAUUUCCGCUGCAAUUUUUACAACAUAAACUCUCAAAGACCGUAUAAGAUUAUCUCUAGCACAAUUAGAUUUUGCAAGAUCGUGAGGAAUAUUAUUGAUUCUCUAAGGAUAUAAGGUUACCUCUAAUCAAUUAACCUCAUAUAGAAGAAUAUUUAUAUGGUGUUUAAUUCGUUUAAUAGCUUCGAAGGUCUAUUCUCUCUAUUGCAUAUCCAACCUACUGGCUAGGGGUGUCCAACAAAACCCGAACCGAACCGGACCCGGUCUAAUCGGUCGUUUUUUCACUCAUUGGGCCGGUUCGGUUCGGGUGCGGGUCUGAUCGGUUGAAAAAAAUGGGUUCGUUUGGGUCUGGGCGGUCGGUUUCGGUUUAGGCUCUGGACCGACCGAUCCGACCGAACCAGAGAAAUACUUAAAAACAACCGAACCCAUCAGCCCACUAUCACUCACCCAGACACCCACGAAGCCCAACUGAAGAGAAGUAAAACUGUGAAGUGUGAACCCUAGCUGCCGUUGAACUCUCACUCUCAUUCUCUCUCUCUCUCACUAAGCGAAUGGAUGUUGCUGCUGCGUAAAAAACCCUAGCGCCGUCGCCCUCCCUCCAUCACUCAUCUUCUCAUCUUCUUCUUUGGUCGUGUUAAAUCCCUGGAAUAAUUUGGCACCCCACCAAGGAAGCAGAUCUGCUCUAUCAUGGAGCAGCCUAAUCAAAAUUUGCCUAACAUAGUGCCUGAACAAACAAUAGGAGGUCGUGGAGAUCAGCCGAUUAACCAGCCAGCCGUUGCAAUUGAAGCUGGUGGAGCUGAGCCUGCUAGAGCUGAACCAGCCCUUCCUCCUAUUCCAGAAACUCGUAAGAAGAGGAAGCCAAAUGCAAGUGGUUCUAGAAAACAAUCACCCUCAUGGGACCACUUCACGAGAGUGCCUGAUCAUGAAGUUCAAGAUCCCACUGCUGCAUGUAAUUAUUGUGGUAAGAGAUAUCUCUGUGAUUCUAAGAUUCAUGGUACAUCAAAUCUGGGUGCUCAUACUAGAGUUUGUCCCAAAUAUCCUUAUGCUGUUAUCAAUGACUCUAGUCAAACAGUCCUAUCUUUUAAGCCAGGAGAAGGUAAUGAUAUGGUUGCAGCGAGUCAAAGGUUCAAUCUUAAAGCAUGUAGGAAUGCAGUUGUCAUGUUUGUUGUCUUAGAUGAGCAUUCAUUUUCAAAAGUUGAGGGUGAUGGGUUUAAGAUUUUGUGUAGAACACUACAGCCACAAUUUACUGCCCCUUCAAGGCAAACAGUUGCUAGGGAUUGUUUCCAACUAUUCCUAGAUGAAAAAGUGAAGUUAAAAAAAUUCUUUAGAACUGAGUGUAGGAGAGUUGCCCUUACCACUGAUUGCUGGACUUCUUGUCAAAACACUGGUUAUUUGACCUUAACUGCUCAUUUUAUUGACAAUGAGUGGAACUAUCAAAAGAGAAUCAUUAGUUUUGCCGAAGUUAUCAACCACAAAGGGGAUACCAUAGGUAGGAAAAUAGAAGAGAUUUUGAGGGAUUGGGGACUAAGGAAUGUUUCCACUAUCACAGUUGAUAAUGCCUCAUCAAACGAUGGUGCUGUGUCUUAUUUAAAAACAAGAUUGAAAAACUUCAAUGGGCUUGUGUUAGAUGGACAGUUCCUCCAUAUGAGGUGUUGUGCUCACAUCUUGAACUUAGUAGUAAAUGACGGGUUGGUAGACCUCAAUUCCUCCAUUAAUAGCAUUCGAGGUGCUAUUAGGUUUGUGAGGUCUUCAUCACAAAGAAAAAAUAAGUUUAAGGAGUGCAUCCAAUUUUCCAAUAUUUCCUCCAAAAAACUUGUGUGCCUUGAUGUUCCAACUAGAUGGAACUCAACAUAUCUAAUGCUAGAUGCUGCGGAGAAGUUGCAAGUUGCAUUUGAAAAGAUUGAGUUUGAGGAUCGUAACUAUGUUCUGCACUUUGACAAACCUCUAACUCCCCCUAAGAGUAUUGAUUGGGAGAAUGCAAGAGCAUUUGUAAGAUUUCUUAAGAUUUUUUAUGAUGCCACCAAAAUUUUUUCAGCAUCUGUGCAUUUAAGUAUCCAUACUGCCUUUCAUCAACUCUGUUUCAUUUAUACUUAAAUCCUAAAUUGUAUU